AUGCGGGCAGCACCGGCGUCCCUACGACUACUACCCCACCUCCUCCUCGUCGCCGUGCCCAAUGCAGUGUCCAUGUCGACGCUCGAGUCCUGCGCCUCCUCCACCGCCUGCCCGGCGCUGCUCUCCUACACGCUCUACGCGGACCUGAAGCUGGCCGAGCUGGCGGCGCUGUUCGCCGCGGACCCGCUCGCCAUCCUGGCCGCCAACGCCAUCGACUUCGCGGUCCCAGACCCUGCCGACCGCAUCCUCCCGGCGGGUCUCCCGCUGCGCGUGCCGGUGCCCUGCGCCUGCUCCGACGGCAUCUGCAAGGCCACCUCCGUCCGGUACGUGGCCCGGGCCGGGGACACGCUGGCGUCCGUCGCCGCCUCCGUCUACGGCGGGCUCACCACGCCCGACUGGAUCCGCGACUCCAACGGCAUGCCCGAGGACGCCGCCCUCGACGCCGGGACCACGCUGUUCGUGCCGCUGCACUGCGCCUGCUUCGGCGGCGUCGACAGCGGCGCCCCCGCGGUGUACCUGACGUACGUGGUGGCGGAGGGCGACACCGUGCCGGCCAUCGCGCGGAGGUUCCGCACCACGGGCAACGACCUCAUGAGCGUCAACGACAUGGCCACCGCCGACGUCGCCGCCGGGGACAUCAUCAUCGUGCCGCUGCCAGAAUGCGCCUCGUCGUUCCCCGCGUUCACGUCGGACGCCGGCCUGACCGUGGCCAACGGGACAUACGCCCAACCGCUGCGUCCAGUGCAGCUGCGGCUGCGGCCCUGGCAACCUGGACUUGUUCUGCGUGCCGGCGCCGCUGGCGGACUCGACGUGCUCCAGCAUGCAGUGCAGCAACAGCAGCAUGAUGCUCGGCAACUUCACCCUCCAGAUGACCAGCGCCGGUUGCAGCGUCACCUCCUGCAGCUACGGCGGAUACGUCAACGGCACCAUCCUCGCCACUGCCCAGGUCAUUCUUCUCGCCACUGUUGUUUACCCUCAACCAUGGUGAACUGGUCAUUGGCCUACACCGUGGAUAGUAUAAAGCAAAAUAGUCCGCACCAGUUCCCUCCGCUGAUGCCGCCGCCGACGUCGUCGUUCUUCGAGACGUACCUCGGCCCGUCAGCGACGCCGAUGGCAUCUGAAGGCGGCAUUGGUCCGCAGAUGGCAGGCAUGGCGCCGACAAGCAGCCCGCCGGUGAGCUCAGGUCCUCCGAUGGCAGGUUCGCACGGCAGUGACCGUCUUGCACUGGUCGCUCUCUGCCUCGUCGCCAAUCUGCUGUGGUAG